AGGUGAUGGGGCUGGGAGGGUGCCCGACGGUGACACAGCACCAAGGCCGCCGCCAGCCCUCCGUCCGUCCGCCCGUCAAUCCAGGCUGCGGAGCCGCUGCGCAGAAGCCGAGGGCGGAUCAAGCAGGAUUGUGGCCGCCGCUAGCGGGCUCGGGCUCCUCCCUCCUGCCUCCUCCAUCCUCCCUCCUGCCAUCGCCGCCGCAGCAGCCGUUGCCUGAGCUCUUCCCAGAGGCCGGGGUCCUUAGUCCAGCUGCUGCCGCGCCAGGGCUCCCAAAGCAUUGGGAUCUAGGAAAAGGUUUGUUCACUGCCUCGUGGUCUGAGUACUGCAAGUUCCUGACCCAGGAAGUCACGAUGUCUGACAAAAGCGACUUAAAAGCUGAGCUGGAACGAAAGAAGCAGCGUUUAGCCCAGAUCCGGGAGGAGAAGAAACGGAAGGAAGAGGAGCGAAAAAAAAAAGAGGCCGACAUGCAGCAGAAGAAGGAGCCGGCCCCGGAGGACUCGGACCUGGACCGCAAGCGGAGGGAGACGGAGGCGCUGCUGCAGAGCAUCGGCAUCUCCCCGGAGCCGCCGCUAGUGCACUCGCUGCAUUUUGUAACAUGGGAUACCUGUUAUUUUCAUUAUUUAGUCCCAACCCCUAUGUCUCCCUCCUCGAAAUCAGCGAGCACGCCUAGCGAGGCCGGCAGCCAAGACUCCGGAGACCUGGGCCCGCUGACCAGCUGCCUUAGGACCCUGCAAUGGGACACUGACCCCUCAGUGCUGCAGCUCCAGACAGACUCAGAAAUUGGGCGCAGACUGCACAAGCUCGGGGUGUCCAAGGUGACUCAGGUGGACUUCUUGCCCAGGGAGGUGGUGUCGUACUGCAAGGAGACCCAGACCCCGCUGGACACACACCAGUCCGAAGAGGAUGAGGAAGAUGAGGAAAUGGUGGAAGCCAAAGUUCGGCAUGACUCAGACUUGGAGUGUCCCAACGAGAAGCAGGAGGUGAAGGAAGCCCCUCCCCGGGAGCUGACAGAGGAAGAAAAGCAGCAGAUCCUGCACUCGGAGGAGUUCCUCAUCUUCUUCGACCGGACCAUCCGGGUCAUCGAGCGCGCUCUGGCCGAAGACUCGGACAUCUUCUUCGACUACAGCGGCCGGGAGCUGGAGGACAAGGACGGCGACGUCCAAGCCGGGGCCAACCUGUCCUUCAACCGCCAGUUCUACGACGAGCACUGGUCCAAGCACCGAGUGGUCACCUGCAUGGACUGGUCUCUGCAGUACCCAGAGCUGAUGGUCGCCUCUUACAACAGCAACGAGGACGCUCCCCACGAGCCCGACGGCGUGGCCCUGGUCUGGAACAUGAAGUUCAAGAAGACCACGCCCGAGUACGUGUUCCACUGCCAGUCCUCCGUGAUGUCCGUCUGUCUGGCGCGCUUCCAUCCCAACCUGGUGGUGGGCGGCACCUACUCGGGCCAGAUCGUGCUCUGGGAUAACCGCAGUCACCGGGGGACGCCGGUGCAGCGGACGCCCUUGUCUGCAGCUGCGCACACGCACCCGGUCUACUGCGUCAACGUGGUGGGGACCCAGAACGCUCACAACCUCAUCACCGUCUCCACCGACGGCAAGCUGUGCUCCUGGAGCCUGGACAUGCUCUCCACGCCGCAGGAGAGCAUGGAGCUGGUGUACAACAAGUCCAAGCCUGUGGCGGUCACCGGGAUGGCCUUCCCAACCGGAGACGUCAACAACUUCGUGGUGGGCAGCGAGGAGGGCACGGUCUACACGGCCUGCCGGCACGGAAGCAAGGCCGGCAUCGGGGAGGUCUUUGAGGGGCACCAGGGACCCGUGACCGGGAUCAACUGCCACAUGGCCGUGGGGCCCAUCGACUUUUCCCACCUCUUUGUCACCUCGUCGUUUGACUGGACUGUCAAGCUGUGGAGCACCAAGCACAACCGAGCUCUCUACUCCUUCGAGGACAACGCCGACUACGUCUACGACGUCAUGUGGUCCCCCGCGCACCCCGCGCUCUUCGCCUGCGUGGACGGCAUGGGCCGCCUGGAUCUGUGGGACCUCAACAGCGACACUGAGGUCCCCACCGCCAGUGUGGCCGUGGAGGGGGCCUCCGCCCUGAACCGUGUCCGCUGGGCCCACACUGGCAAGGAGGUGGCCGUGGGGGAUUCCGAAGGCCACAUCUGGAUCUACGAUGUGGGGGAGCUGGCCGUUCCUCACAACGACGAGUGGACUCGAUUUGCUCGGACGCUGGUGGAGAUCCGGGCCAACCGCGCGGACAGCGAGGAGGAGGGAGCGGCGGAGCUGGCGGCCUAGGGCCCCGUGGGGCCGCGCCCGCCCCUCCCGCGGCUCGGGGCGCUCUCGCGGCUUGCUUCGUGUGCUCCCCGCCCCCCCUCGCCUCGCGCGCUCCGCCAGAGCCUUUCCGCCCUUGCUGCUUGUGUCCCCCAAGCCCGAGCGCGGCAGGGGGAGCCCAGCCCUUCGGGGACCUCCCGGUUGCCUUUUCGCUGCUUCGGGCGCCUAGAAAUGCGCUUUCUGCCCGCGCUGCUCCUUAUUUAUUGGGGGGAGGGGUAAGGCGCGUGCUCGAGAGCUAGAACGGAGCCUAAGGAGCCCCUCCCCCCUCCGGCCCCCUCCUGCCUCAGCGGAGCUUCCUCCAGGGGCCCGAGGCCUCCCAGUCUGAGGCCGAGUCCCCACAGGCUCCCUCCCAGUAUUGCCGGGUAUCGGGCGCCUGAGCAGAGCCUGGCAGAAGCUGGGGCUCCCCAACGGCCCGGAAUUGUCAAUAAAAUAUUCAACCCCA